UUGCUGCCCGGCGUUGAGUCGCUCACGUGAUUAGGACCACUCAGGUGGCCCUGUGGUUCGUUUUCCAGGAGGUUCUGGUGAUCCGACGUGAAGGUGAGCCCGAUGGCUUUCGAGGAUGUGGCCGUGUAUUUCUCCCAAGAGGAGUGGAGUCUCCUGGACACAGUGCAGAGAGCCCUGUACCGGCAGGUGAUGCUGGAGAACUUCGCUCUUGUGGCCUCCCUCGGACUCUCUGCUUCCCGACCUCAUGUGGUUGUCAAGCUUCAGCGUGGUGAGGAGCCCUGGGUCCCCAGUGGGAUGGCUAUGACCUCAGCCAGGAACACACAGAGAAGGCCCAGUCCUAGAUCCCGACGCCCAGCAGAGAACAGAGAUGCUUCUGGAAAAGCAGCACUGCCAACAACUUUCCUCAGUAGCCCCCCUGGAGCAUCUUCUAGUGUCCUGCCCACUGCUGGUGCCUGCCACGCUGCAGGAAUCCAGGAGAGAAAACCCUCAGGGGUGUCGGUGAUCUACUGGGAAAGGCUUCUGCUAGGCUCAGGCAGCGGUGAUGCCUGCAUCAGCCUGCGACUGACCUCGCCCCUGAGGGCUCCUGGGGGCAGCCCGUCCACGGGCUCGGCCCCUGCAGACUGUCCCACCCCGACCUCUGAGCGCCAGAAGCCAUUCCCACAGCCAUGCUCUGGGUCAGCUUUCCCAAGUGUUCCAGCCCUUGAUGCUGAUCGUGCCAGAGGGGAACGAAGAACGGUGGGUGCGACUUGGCAUGAGCUUCAGAGACUCCCGGAUGGCCAGGAUCCCCCAACAUGGCAGGAGCUGGGUGAGGCCCUCCACCCUGGCUCCGGCAGCCACUCUGGGGAGAAACCCUUUGAAUGCCGAGCGUGUAGCAAAGUGUUCGUGAAGAGUUCCGAUCUUCUCAAGCACCUGCGCACGCACACCGGGGAGCGGCCAUAUGAGUGUGCCCAGUGUGGCAAGGCCUUCAGCCAGACGUCACACCUGACGCAGCACCAGCGCAUCCACAGUGGUGAGACACCCUAUGCGUGCCCAGCGUGCGGCAAGGCCUUCCGCCACAGCUCCUCGUUGGUACGGCACCAGCGCAUCCACACGGCUGAGAAGUCCUUCCGCUGCAGUGAGUGUGGCAAGGCCUUCAGCCACGGCUCCAACCUCAGCCAACACCGCAAGAUUCAUGCCGGUGGGAGGCCCUAUGCCUGCGCACAGUGCGGCCGCCGCUUCUGCCGCAACUCUCACCUAAUCCAGCACGAGCGCACACACACAGGCGAGAAGCCAUACGCGUGCACUCUCUGUGGCGCUGCCUUCAGCCAGGGCUCAUCGCUCUUCAAGCAUCAGCGCGUGCACACUGGCGAGAAGCCCUUCUCUUGCGGGCAGUGUGGCCGCGCCUUCAGCCACAGUUCCAAUCUGACACAGCACCAGCUACUGCACACUGGCGAGCGACCCUUCCGCUGUGGAGACUGUGGCAAGGCCUUUGCCAAAGGCGCCGUGCUGCUCAGCCACCGGCGCAUCCACACUGGUGAGAAGCCCUUUGUGUGUACACAGUGUGGCCGUGCCUUCCGCGAGCGCCCAGCCCUCUUCCACCACCAGAGGAUCCACACAGGAGAGAAGACAUCACGGCGGCCGAGGAAUGGCCCACGCCCCCAGGCCAGGCCUCCUCCUGGGGUGUCAUUUGACGGUGUACCCCGGAAAGAAGCAGAGGGCACUCCCCCUCCCUGCCCACCAGCACCUCCAAACCCAGCUGAGACCUGAGGUCACAGCACCAGAUGUCUGCCUUUUCUGAAUCCCUUCUAAGGCCAUACAGGGCCAUGACCAUGCAAAGAAGCCUUGUGCACGUGAGUCUGGGGUGAGAGGGACUCUAGCGGUGCAAGGGUUUGUCACUUCAGCCACUGCAGAUCAUACCUUCCCCCAGAGGUCAUUUGCAGAAACAACAAGGCUGUGCUCCUGACAUCUGGGACUUGGGAGGGGCAGAAUUCACAGAGUCACAGCGGCCAACAAUGGCAAUCCAUUUUGAUGGUGCCACUUCAUGAGUGGGUGGCAUGGUGAGGAUGAUGAGUGGUGGUAUGGAGCACGGGCAAUCCAGAGAAGUUUCUCACAUUUGCAUACAGACACUGGGCAGGAUGCUGGGGAUAUUACCCACAGGCCUCUGUUCAUCCAAGCCUUCCUAUGUGCUAGCCCAGGAGAUAGGGUACAAGCCUCAGGCAGGUAGCUGACUCUGAGCUGGGCAGAAGAUUCGGGAACACCCUUUGGGUUGGCAGAUCCCCCGACAGGGGGAUACUAGUGAGAGCCACAGCUGCUCUGCCUUUUGGGCUUCUCUUGACAGCCCUACAAGGUAGCUGCCAUGGCUGCAUUUCCCCGUACCCACAGGGAGGAGGCAGGAGCCCAGCUGGACUGGCUCAGAGCCUGCCUGUGUGAGUCUGCCAGGUAUGAGGCCUGUGCCUGGCUCCCAGGAUGCACAGGAAGCCCUCAAAGGAACUUGUGACUCUCAGCAUUAGGAAAGCAACAUUGAGAAGGAUGGCUCCUGAUGACACUCAGUCACCUUUUCACCCAUUCCUUCGUGGUGGACAAGCCCUUAUUCCACCUCUGGUUACCAAAGUCAGUGUUACAGGAACCUUUACUUCCAAGGUGUUGGUUAUAGCUUCAGAGGAGACAAGAGAACGGUCAUUUGUGGCUGGGUUUGGUGGCCGUGUGCCCACCUCUUCUCUCAACCUAAUGGAAAGGUGGACAGAGCUGAAUUACCUAAGCCUGUGAAAUAGCCCCUGUGUAAGGGCUCCAAGUGAUGAGAACCGAAGAGCAGAAGGGUCCAGUUUGCUUCCUGUGGCCUUCAGCAGACCCAACCUGGGGCCUCACCUCCAGGGAUGUUAGUGACCAUACUAGAGAAAAAGACAGUCUACUAGCAUUUAUGACUUGGGAUGGAGGUAAGAUAACCUUAGCUUCCUCUUCUCCACUUCAGGGCAUGGUUCCAAUUUUCACAAGAAUUCAAAGAGGCUUUCUUAAAGAUUUCUUGUUAAUGUUAUUUUGUGAACAGUAACAGUCUGUCUUUUGUUUCACUUUAAUGCAAUGCAGAUAAUAUUAAAUGAAUGUACGCAGACAUACCAUCAGGGUGUUGUCAUAGACACCUGGGCAUUUGUCUUCAAACUGGGUCCCUUCAAGAGGCUCCUUCAAGGCCCUAAUGAGGGACUAGGGCGUCUCUAUCUGCUUGAUGUCCAGAAUGGAAAGAGGUGGCCAUGAGACCUGGUGGAUGGGUCAUGAAGAGUGGGGUGGCCUUUGUGGGAGGGUGGUGGGUAGGGAAAUAGGACAAGAGUGUGCUGGUGCUAAGGCAGAGUGAGCGUGACCACUUCCCAUUGACUCUAGCCCAGUGGGUGUAAGAAGUCAUUCCCUCCAAGACUUUUCAGCUGUCUCCUGGAGGGAAGCAGCACAGACAUGACUGUCCCUCCAACCCAUCAUUAGGACAAGACUGACCAUCUGCGUCUUAAGUUCCUGCCAUUUGGGGAAGUACGCAGGACACAACUUGUCAAGACCUUGCCAAGGCAGUGCUCUGUGCCAGUGCCCUAACGCCCUGUGGGCCCUGAGCCGCUGCCCCACUUUCUUGUACAGAUUCAGCCUGCAGGGCUAUGAAAUGUAGACAAGCUCUCGAUCCUGCCUGACCGAAAACUCUUCCUGGGAUUCUGUCGGAAUCAGGAGCACAGACAUCUGUCAAGCAACAGGGGGAUCCAGAGAGGUACAGGACACCCUUUUCCAUUCCUUGGUCAAAAGCUGCAGAUCUGAGCCCUCCUGAUCCCUCCGGCUGGCUCAGUGCCCUCUGCCGCCUCCCCAGCAGCCUGCCCCUAUCAGGCUUCUGUCCUCUGUGCCCGUCUACUGUCCCAAUCUGCCCUAAUAGCCUGACCUUGCCAGUGGCCCCAGCCUGGGCCCCCUCCUCCUGAAGCUUGCCCUCUUGUUUACCCGUCUGUAAUUUCUGUAGUCCUUUUGGACCAGCACUCUGCGUCUUAAUCCUGGAGUUUCCCUGACUGUAAAAGUGUUCCUUCAUUUUCUUGGUCAAAAUGUUGAACGGGGGGACUGGUGUGAUAGCCUAGCAACUAAAAUCCUCCCCUUGCAUGCUCUGGGAACC